UCGACUUCGUCUACUGUGGGUGAAAAGAGUGAGCCUCACGACUCUAAAAACUCGAGAUUCUUUUCAAUGUUUGCUAAUGAAAGCCAGCCUUCAACUCCACUGGAAGAACCUUCCCAAAAGGAGCCAAAGGGUGACGUUUCCAAGAUUCUUUCGUUCUUGGAUCGUGGUCAAACUCCGGGUGAGAAGGUGUCAACUCCAAAGAACAUCUCUCCACCUCCAGGGUUAGCACACCCACAACAAUCAACUGGAAGAUCCCAAUUCUUUGCUACUCCAACAGGGGGGUCCCCACAACAACAGGAGCAGCCAGAUAAGAACCAAGAGUUUCAAAAGCAGAAACAACCUCAGUUCCCUCCUGGUCUCGGUCCUCAGAAACAACAACAUCUGGUUGGAUCUCCUUUGCCACAGCGAGAGAACAUUGACCAGCAAAAUGCAUCCGACCAACAGCAAAAGCAAUCUGUGCGUGGUGAUACUGCCACUCCGCAAGAUCAAAAACCGGCUUCUCAAGCGCAACAGAAGAGCCAUUCACAGCAACAACAACCAUCUCAUCCUCAGCAGAUGUCAUUCCAACAACCCCCACCUGGUCUUCAAGGGAUGCCACAGAUCCCACCAUGGAUGAAUGCAAAUAUCCCACCAAAUGUUAGACAACAGAUGUUGGCACAGGCCCAACAACAACAGCGUUUCAUGAUGCCUCCUCCAGGUAUGGGUAUCCAUUUACCUCCUGGAAUUCCUCAAGGCAUGCCUCCACCGCAAUUCCAAGGUGGCAAUGCCAACUUUGUUCCACAGCAACAAAUGAGAGGUAACAUGCCUCCUCAAAUGAUGUAUCCACCACAACUUAAUGAGCAUGGCAUUCCAAUGUUCUUGCCUCCUGGUAUGGCUCCUCCAUCAGGUCAUCAACAAGGACGUCCACAACAGCAAGAGAGUCAACAGCAAGGUCAGCAACAAUCACAGCAGCAAUCACAGCAGCAAUCACAGCAGCAACCACCACCAGGGUUUUAUCCUGGUCCACCUCAAGGGUACAUUCCUACCAAGCGUUAGAUACGUGACAUGACAGAUUUUUGUGUUUUUUGGUU